AUGUCGACUCAAUUCUCGCUUUCUUCCAAUAUUUCCUAUGAUGAUCCAAUUUCAUUUGAAUGUGAUACAAGUUAUGAUUCAGGCUUGGAACUCUUGAAAUAUAUUAUUCAAGUGACCUUGUUAUCAAUCAAUUUUAUUUUAAACUUUCUGAUAAUUCGAGUUACAAUGUUUUCCAAAAAUAACGAUUUUCGGGAAAACUCUUUUUUCAUUAUUUAUGCAGCUGAUUUGAUUAUGGGAAUGUACAUGAGUUUGUCUGAAAUCCUCGUUGGACGGUUAUUCAUUUAUGUCACUUUGCUUUGCCCAAUCUUGGCUCCAUAUUUUUUCACCCCGUCCAUAUUUCUUAAAAUUUUCUUUACGCUGAGCCACUAUUCCCAAGGUUUUAAAACCGUUUCUCAAGUAUUUUUGAGUUUUAACAGAAUGACAUGUGUAGUGUUUCCUGUUGGUUAUAGUGCGAUCUGGAAAAGAAUUCUUACACCGAUUAUCAUUGUGCUUUUUGUUUUACCUAUUGGAAUAAUAUGGAAUGUUUUAAUAUCUCGAGUUUAUGCAAAUCCGUCUUUCGGAGGCUUCAGUGUUAACUACAUAAAAUUAGUAUCAUGGGCAAGCUUAUCAAAAUUACAUCUGACAUACUUUAUAGUUUCCCUGAUUUUAAUUAUAGUAAUAUCGGGUGUAACUCUCUAUGCUCUUCUCAUAUUAAAACAUCGGAUCAAAUCUGCUGAACAAACUUUGACUAUUGCCACAAUGGUUCUCUCACUUGAAUUUUCAUUUUUAUCUGUGAUACAGAUUUACUUUGCGUUCUUCUCUUCGUCAACAUCUGAAUGGAGACCUUUCCUCCUACGAGUUAUGUAUUUUACCUAUGAUUUGUUGAAUUUUUCUACAACUAUUAUAUUUAUAUCAUGUAAUCCUAAGCUUCGAAAAAUGUUGCUUAAAAGGAUGCAGAGUAGUGUGACAGUUGGCAGAUCUACUUCUAACUCCACUAUCCCAGUCCGCAUUAUUCCAGCUUUGAUUCAUUGA